GCGUCGGACGCGGCCCAGCGCCGAACCAUGGAGCCUGAGCCAGUGGAGGACUGUGUGCAGAGCACACUCGCCGCCCUGUACCCGCCCUUCGAGGCAACAGCCCCCACACUUUUGGGCCAGGUGUUCCAGGUGGUAGAGAGGACAUACCGCGAGGAUGCGUUGAGGUAUACGCUGGACUUCCUGGUGCCUGCCAAGCACUUGCUUGCCAAGGUCCAGCAGGAAGCCUGUGCCCAGUACAGCGGUUUCCUCUUCUUCCACGAAGGCUGGCCCCUCUGCCUGCAUGAGCAGGUGGUGGUGCAGUUGGCAGCUCUACCCUGGCAGCUGCUGCGUCCGGGAGACUUCUACCUGCAAGUAGUGCCCUCAGCAGCCCAAGCACCCCGCCUGGCACUCAAGUGCCUGGCCCCAGGGGGUGGGCGGGUGCAGGAGCUGCCUGUGCCCAAUGAAGCCUGUGCCUACCUGUUCACACCUGAGUGGCUACAAGGUAUCAAUAAGGACCGGCCAACAGGUCGCCUCAGUACCUGUCUACUGUCUGCACCUUCUGGGAUUCAGAGGCUGCCCUGGGCCGAGCUCAUCUGCCCCCGAUUUGUGCAUAAAGGGGGCCUCAUGGUUGGACAUCGGCCAAGCACUCUGCCCCCCGAACUACCCUCUGGACCCCCAGGGCUCCCCAGCCCUCCACUCCCUGAAGAAGCCCUAGGUACCCGGAGUCCCGGGGAUGGACACAAUGCCCCUGCUGAAGGACCCGAGGGCGAGUAUGUGGAGCUGCUGGAGGUGACGCUGCCCGUCAGAGGGAGCCCUGUAGAUGCUGAGAGCUCCUCGGGGCUCUCCCGGACCCGGACAGUACCCACCCGCAAGGGUGCUGGGGGGAAGGGCCGGCACCGGAGACACAGGGCAUGGAUGCACCAGAAGGGCCUGGGUCCUCGAGACCAGGAUGGGGCACGCCCACCUGGUGAGGGGAGCAGCACUGUCACCUCCCCAGCGGCCGCCCCUGGAGCUGAGGCUUUCCCCGAGGCAGCAACCCUGGAGGUAGCUGAGCCCCCAGCAGAGGCACUGGGGGAAGCGUCUGAAUCUUGCCCCCUGAGACCAGGGGAGGUUGGGGGAGGAGCAGGCCAGGGGCCCGAAGGUCUGCCUGGCACCCCUCGGAAAACAAGCAAAGGAAACAGGAGAAAGAAACGAGCUGCAGGCAGAGGGCCUCUUAGCCGAGGAGGGGACAGUGCCCCACUGAGCCCCGGGGACAAGGAAGAGAUCAGCCACCAGGAAGCUCUUGUCAGUGUGCCUCCGCUAAGUGAGCAUGAACUUCCAGGAUGCAGCCUGAUCAAGGGGGAACAUGAAGACUCGGGGAAACCAGAGUCUGAGCCAAAAGAGGAGCCCAAACCAGCAGAUGAAAAAGAACCUAGGCCCCCAGAGCCUUGUGGGCCUGUCGAAGAGCGAGGCGAGACUGAGCAAGAGGGGCCGAGCCCAGUGUGCAUGGCAGGACCCACAGGUCCCGAAGGGCUCCUGUCUGAUCCUGCGACACCUCCCCUGGAGACUGUCCAGGAACUGAAAGGGGACAGUGUCCCAGAAGAGGCCCCUCCUGCCUCCAUCUCUGAUGACCCAGAUGUAGCUUGGGACUUGAUGGCAUCUGGAUUCCUCGUCCUGACUGGAGGGGUGGACCAGAGUGGGCGAGCUCUGCUGACCAUUACCCCACCGUGCCCUCCUGAGGAACCCCCACCCUCCCGAAACGUGCUGAGCACCGCUCUUCAUUACCUCCACUCAUUGCUCAGGCCUGAUCUACAGAUGUUGGGGCUGUCUGUCCUGCUGGACCUUCGCAAGGCACCCCCACUGCCCCCGUCUCUCAUCCCUGUCCUGAGUCAGCUUCAGGACUUGGGAAACCCCCAUGUUGUUCAGCGGCUCCUGCUUCUCACUCAUGAUGAACCUCCAGCUGAACUCCAUGAAUUUCAGGCUGCUGAGUUACUGUCAGAGAACGACCUGAAAAGGGUGGUCAGGCCCGAGGAGCUGCAGUGGGACUUGGGAGGUCACAGACACCCCUCUCCCAGCUACUGGGUAGAGACACACCAGGAGGUGGCCAGGCUGUGCCGGCUGUGCCAGGGAGUGCUGGGCUCGGUGCGCCAAGCCAUCGAGGAGCUGCAGGAGGCCACAGAGCCAGAGGAAGAGGAGGCAGUAGGCAUGCCUGAACCCCUACAGAAGGUGCUGGCAGAUCCCCGGCUGACAGAGCUGCAGAGGGAUGGGGGCGCCAUCCUGAUGAGGCUGCGCUCCACCCACAGCAGCAAGCUGGAGGGCCCAGGCCCAGCAACGUUGUAUCAGGAGGUGGACGAAGCCAUCCACCAGCUGGUGCGACUCUCCAACCUGCAUGUCCAGCAGCAGGAGCAGCGGCAACGUCAGCGCCAACUCCAGCAGGUGCUGCAGUGGCUCUCGGGCCCAGGGGAAGAGCAGUUGGUGAGCUUUGCAGCGCUUGGGGACUCUCUCUCCGCCCUGCAGGAGACAGAGCUGAGAUUCCGGGCUUUCAGUGCUGAGGUCCAGGAGCGCCUGGCCCAGGCACAGGAGGCCCUGGCCCUGGAGGAGGACACAGCUUCCCAGAAGGCUCUGGAUGUCUUUGAACAGCGGCUGGAGCAGGCUGAGAGUGGUCUCCAUCGGGCCCUGCGGCUCCAGCGCUUCUUCCAGCAGGCACAUGACUGGGUAGAUGAAGGUUCUGCCCGGCUAGCAGGAGCCGGGCCGGGUCGAGAGGCGGUACUAGCAGCCCUGGCACUGCGGAGGGCCCCAGAGCCCAGCGCUGGUACCUUCCAAGAGAUGCGGGCCCUGGCCCUAGACCUGGGCAGCCCAGCAGCCCUGCGAGAAUGGGGCCGCUGCCGGGCCCGCUGCCAAGAGCUGGAGAGGAAGAUUCAGCAACAGCUGGGAGAGGAGGCGAGUCCAAGAGGCCACCGGCGACGACGGGCAGACAGCGCCAGCAGCGGAGGAGCCCAGCGGGGUCCACACAGCCCCUCACCCAGUCUCAGCUCCUUGCUGCUCCCCAGCAGCCCUGGGCCAAGGGCAGCCCCAUCCCACUGUUCCCUGGCUCCCUGUGGGGAGCACUAUGAGGAGGAGGGCCCCCAGCUGGCCCCGGAAGCAGAGGGCAGGCCCCCCAGGACGGUGCUGAUCCGAGGCCUGGAGGUCACCAGUACGGAGGUGGUAGACAGAACAUGCUCACCCCGGGAACACGUGCUGCUGGGCCGAGCUGGGGGGCCAGAGGGGCCCUGGGGAGUAGGCACUCCCCGAAUGGAGCGCAAGCGAAGCAUCAGCGCUCAGCAGCGGCUGGUGUCCGAGCUGAUCGCCUGUGAGCAGGAGUACGUGGCUGCCUUGAGUGAGCCAGUGCCGCCCCCUGGGCCUGAGCUGACCCCUGAACUCCGGGGCUCCUGGGCCGCCGCCCUGAGUGCCCGCGAGAGGCUUCGCAGCUUCCAUCGGACACACUUUCUGCGGGAGCUGCAGGGCUGCGCUGCCCACCCCCUGCGCAUUGGGGCCUGCUUCCUCCGCCACGGGGACCAGUUCAGCCUUUAUGCCCAGUACAUGAAGCACCGGCACAAACUGGAGAAUGGCCUGGCUGCACUUGGCCCCCUAACCAAGGGUGCCACAGAGGGUAGCCCUCACUUACCCCAGGCUCUCCAGCAACCGCUGGAGCAGCUGGCUCGCUAUGGACAGCUCCUGGAGGAACUCCUAAGGGAAGCUGGACCCGAGCUGAGUUCUGAGCGCCAGGCCCUUGGCGCGGCUGUGCAGCUGCUCCGGGAACAAGAGACACGCGGCAGAGACCUGCUGGCUGUGGAGGCAGUGCGUGGCUGUGAGACAGAUCUGAAGGAACAAGGACAGCUCCUGCAUCGGGACCCCUUCACCGUCAUCUGUGGCCGAAAGAAGUGCCUUCGACAUGUCUUCCUCUUUGAACAUCUCCUCCUGUUUAGCAAGCUCAAGGGCCCUGAGGGAGGUUCAGAGACCUUUGUUUACAAGCAGGCCUUUAAGACUGCUGACAUGGGGCUAACCGAAAACAUUGGAGACAGUGGGCUCUGCUUUGAGUUGUGGUUCCGGCGGCGACGUGCACGCGAGGCAUACACCCUGCAGGCGGCCUCCCCGGAGGUCAAACUCAAGUGGACAAGUUCCAUUGCCCAGCUGCUGUGGAGACAGGCAGCCCACAACAAGGAGCUCCGGGUGCAGCAGAUGGUGUCCAUGGGCAUUGGAAAUAAACCCUUCCUGGACAUCAAAGCUCUCGGAGAGCGGACGCUGAGUGCCCUGCUCACCGGAAGAGCCGCCCGCACCCGGGCCUCCGUGGCCGUGUCAUCCUUUGAGCAUGCCGGCCCCUCCCUCCCCGGUCUCUCGCCGGGAGCCUGCUCCCUGCCGGCCCGCGUCGAGGAGGAGGCCUGGGAUCUGGACGUCAAGCAAAUUUCCCUGGCUUCCCCUCCAGCCCCAGAAACACUUGACUCUUCUGGAGAUGUGUCCCCAGGACCGAAACACAGCCCCAGCCUGCAAACCCCUCACCCUGGGAGCAGCACUCCCACUCUGGCCAGUGGAGGGAUCUUAGGGCUAUCCCGGCAGAGUCAUGUCCGAGCCCUGAGUGACCCCACCACACCUCUGUGAGCCUGGCUUCCCGGGCAAAGAGGAAGUCAAAGGACCAGCGCUUUCCCGGCUGCUGCUCUCUCUAGUGCUCCCCGCCAGGUGCCUUCUCCUGCACGAACCAGAGCGGCCACUUGCUUGCCUUCUACCCUGGAGGUGGGGAACUUACCUACAUCCAGUCCUCCAAGCUGGGCCUUGGCACACUCCCAAGACAAGGCUCCAUGACAGCCCUCCCCCGACAGCCUGUGUUGCUCCUUCUCACCCGACUGCCAGGCCUUGUAUAAUUCCUAAUGACUCCAUUCUGCCGCGUCUCAGGAAACGGAACUAUGCAAACCAUUAUAGCAGGGGGGGUACGCAGACUUUAUCUAUGUAAUUACUGUUGUUAUUAUUAUAUUAUUGUUAUAUUAAAUGUAUUUACUCACACCUUGUCUCCAGAGACAGAGCAGUCCCUGCAGGUAGAGAUAAUACUAAUGAGCUCUUGCCUUCACCGUUCAACCAUUAACUAAAACGAUGUAAAGCCAAGGCUGCAAGGUUAUCCUGGAUCCCGUCCUGGCCCAAAGAGGGCCUGCAUCUGGAAGAAUCCCUCCACGGUGGCUCCCAGUACUCCCUUGGAAGCAGCUCCUCUCAAGCUGCGCCACACUUCUUGAGGCUGAGCUGGUCACAAACAAGCUGGCAUCCAAAAUAGUCCACCACUUCUCAAAAUGAUCACAAUGCAAGAGAUCUCCUUGGCUACUUGUUAAAUGCUAAUUCUUGGGCCCCAACCCAGAGCUACUGAUUCUAAAGCCCGGAGGUAAAGCCCAAGACUCUGCAUUUACUUAU